AUGCUUGUUGGUAUUGGAAGAGAUAAUGUUAAUGCCACGAUUGAAGAAAACAGUGGUCUUUAUGCCAGCUGCAUCCGCUGCAGUGAAAUUUUUCCUAGGCAUUUGGAAUUUCUGGCUACUAAAGCGUACAGUUGGUUCAAUUGGUUUCGUUCUCACCAGUUAGCAUACAAGCAACUUCAUGCAACAAUCAACGAUGAUCAUUGUCCUUUGAAGAUUGUUCAAGCAUGCCAAACAAGAUGGCUUUCCGUAGCUUCUAUUGUUAGACGUUUAUGCGAUCAAUGGGUUCAACUCAAGUGUGAUACAUCGGAAAUGUUGUUCAACAUGUUUAAUGAACAAUAA